AUGACAAGAAUUAUGAGGUUUGCAUUCAUAUGCAUUGGAUUACUUGUUCAUACCGUGCUGAGCGAAAAUUUGAAGAUUGAAGAUCUUUGCCAGUUCAUAGGAGACGAUUUUACCCCGAAGGUAUUUGAGGGACAAACUGCAGUAGAUGCAAACGAAGCCAUUCAUACCAUAUUUUCGCAUUCCAAGACAAAUUUAUUGAACGGAAAAUACGGCAUUAGUUCAAUGGUCUACGAUAAGAUUAUCGGCACAAUUAUACAGGUCUCCGAAUUCAAUCCAUCUAAUAUUUAUGAAAAAGUAAACAAGUUGGAAAUCUUGCCAUCAAGUGCUGACCUAAAAGUCUUUGGAGAUGAGACAAAGUCUGUAGUUUUCUACUGUGGAUUUACAGGGCAUGCAAUGUUGUGUGAAAUUUUCAAGGUCACCUCUCCUGAUCGCAAACAUGAGCAUUUAUGGAAGGUCCUUGUUUACAACAGUGGGAAUGGCUUAGAGCAUCAUCCAGGAUAUCAUGUUGGUCCAAAAGAAAAAUAUUCACCAGUGGUCAUAUAUGAAGGUCCUCCACUUCUUGUCAAUGAAGCCUGGGUUGAGGCUGCAAUGCACUUUGGCUCGUAUGAAAAAGUUAUCAAGAAUUUCUAUCCUAGACUUUUAGGCAAUUUUGAUCGCUCCAAUGAAACGUAUGACGUAUUUAUUGAUCCACAAAGAACGGGAACAUGUUCUUUUUCAUCGUAUCAUGCAUAUUUUACAUUUAAGCUCGGUGAGAGUGAGUAUAAAAAGAUUUUUGCAGUUGCGUCUUCAAGCGCUCUGAAGGAUUUUGUAUCUGGACGAUUUUCAGAUCUUGUUUCAGAAAAAUAUCUCUCCAAGCAUGCCCUUUUUUUUGCUUUCCCAGCGAUAUUACUUCCGUUUUACAGAUUCAUCUAUCAAAUAGCCAACAUGUUUCCUUUCAAGUUUUUGACGGGGCCGAUAUUUUUAUUACAAUGCUAUUUAAAUGAACGUGUCACAGGGUUUUUGGCUUUAAUUCCAUUUCUAUCGAAAGAAAGACGCGAAAAAAUUCGAUCUUUUAACCAUGAAAAAUUGGCAUCUUAUACCAGCGCCUUGAACGAGAUAGGAAAGUUUCAUUUUUUGAGAUGGAAUGUUGAUCUUGUUGAUACAAUGUUCAGAUAUCUGGUUGAAAUUGGAAAUGGCGUGUUUGGGACAAAAGAACAUCUCUUUUUUGACGAUCUGAAAGUAUCUUAUGAUCAAUUCCAAAUAGCAAGGAAGAAAAAUAUUUUCGACGCAGUUCCUACACACAUAGCAGAUAAUAGAGGUAUAAGAGCCUCUUUUUCCGAACCAGAUUGGAAGCCUUUUUCGCUUGGUUAUCACGAAAAGUUAUCCACUAGAGACAUGUUUUACUGCGAGCUUCCCAAUUUCGAGUAUGAAGAUGGUACUUAUGAUGGCGGGAAUUUCACCGAAUUUUCAAACUCAAUUUUGCGUUUUUUGGCCAACGAAAUCGCUUAUCAGCCAUGCUUUAUGGGCGAAAAGAUUCCUCUGAUUUCGUAUCUGGAUUCUGUGACGUUUCGGAUCGUGAAAAUGGUAGACAAAUUUGAUUCACUCGAUGUCAAUAAAAUGUGGUUUCUUUACGAAUUUUUUGCUAAAGUACUGCGUUUAUUAGAAUAUGAGGAUUGUCGCAACUUUAUUUACCAAAAGAGUCUCAUUUUAGUUGAAAUUUUCAAAAUUUACAAGCGAAUAUACACCCGGCAUUUAAAGGCAUCUCUGAAUGGCGAUGAAAAUAAGUUUAGGCUUCUUAAUGAUUCGAUUUUUGAAAAGCUAUCGCCCUCUUUUUCAUAUUAUAACCAAAUCGAUCUUCUAGAAAGGAAGUUACCAACAGAUAGGAAGAUUUUUCAGUUUCUUCCGGAGGAUCAAGAACUUGGCUCUAAAUUGGUCUCCAUAUUGUUUAAAGGCAGCCAAGACCUUCCGAAUUUAGACGAAAUGAGACAAUUUUUCGCUUUGUAUCGGAUUAAUUACGAGAAAGACGAUUAUCAUGGUUAUGAUCCAGAUCAUUAUAAAAGGAUGGCAUAUAUUUUGACAGUAAUUUUGAACCCUCUUAACGUUAAAAAACCUAGCCAAGGUGUGCUCCCAAAAGCCUGCUUACUUGAUACAUAUUAUUACAAUCUUUUGCACAUGCUUCACGAGCUAUCACACGAUCAUCUCUAUUCAUAUGUUGUAUCUGCAUCCAGUUCAUUUUGCUUUUACAGUUCAAUUGAUACUCAAAGUCAUUUUGAGGUUAAAAAAACUGGUUACAGUAAUGCUAAAGAAAUCUCAUCGCUAUUUUGGAAAGAAAAAAGACCGCUGGACUUGAUGAAUUUGAAUGACAAAUUUUCGUCUAUUUUUUAUUUCUUGACUUACCUGCAAGAAGAUGAUGCUUUCAUUUUAUCUGAAGCUGGACUUGGAAUUCUUUACACAUACAUCCUAAAACCAUCAACAUAUGCUGAGGAUGACUCUGAAAAGGCUCUACCUCCAGUUAUCCGAUAUUUUUUGUGUCGGAAGGAGAAAAUACUCGCAGAAGUUUUUAUAAAUGGCGAUAACACGGAACUGUUUAAGCUUUUGGCAAAUUACCAAAUAAUCCUCAAUCGCUUGAUGUUGAUCCAAAAAACCGACCUCGACAUUGGUGAUCUUGAGCAUGUUUUCGUGGGCGAAUAUCAGCCGAUUUUCGCCUUUCUCAAGCUUAAUGCGCUGAUACUUGGGGAAAAGCUUUCUAACCUCUCCAAUAGCCAUAACUUUUAUUUGUCGGUGAUAUCGAAUUUUGAGCUCAUAAGCUCGUUCUUUUUGGAUGAAGAAAUUCAAUAUGUGCUUAGGAUGUAUUAUGACCAUUGGAAAUUUUCAUCCUCUAAAUCAAGAUGCGCAGCAGAAACAGCAAAAGGAAUCCAAAAUUUGGUGAAUGGAAAUUUUCUGGUCAAUGAAGAAUGGAUACAGCUUUCGGGACUUCCGUUCCCUAACCACCGUUUAUGGAAAAUGAUGGACGUAAAACAGAAACGCGAUUAUAAAGUAGAAGCUAUGCUACAUCGGCGUCAAUCUGAUGGGUCAAUAUUCUCCACCAUCAAAUAUAACGAUAUGCCUUUAUUUCUAAAUGCAAGCGAUGCUUUUUUAUUGAGAAAUGGUGAAAUAGAAGCCAAGCUUGUUUCUGACGAGUUCAAACUUUUCCAGCCUGAACUGCGUCGCGAAGUUGCAUUCAACAGCAAAAUGGUAGGAUCCGACGAUGAUAUCAUUGCAUUCAAAACCCACUCUAAUAGGUGGAUCGACAAAGUGUACCUUUUUGAUUCAGACGGAUUCGAGUAUGGGGAGGUUUCUGGCCGAAAUAGUUUACUUUUGAAAAACUCGUCCAAAUUCAUACAGGAGCUAUCGAGCCCACUUCCCUGUUCUUUUCGCAUAAAUUCGUUUUGCUCUUUCUCUUCGGCAUCGCAAUCGUUGCUUGAUGCGCUUUUGACCCGUGGGGUACUUUUUAACUUUGCAUUGGACUCGUACAUUUUUACGCUAGAAAGUGAGGCUCAAUCCUUUUAUUUGUUUGACAGCUACAAUGGCCCAGCAAAGGAAUUUUACGCCAUAAAAGAGGGAAGUGAUCAGUAUUUUGCUGUUAUCAAGGGUGAGAAAUUGAAGAUGCACCCUCCUGCUGAGAUCGAGGAAAAUUUCUUCGCCUCGUCAAACUUGCCUUUUCUAUUUGUGUCCGCUGAAACGUUUUUUUACACUGUUAUCCCGGUACCUAUGUCACCACUUGGAAAGUCGUACAAGUUUACUUUUCUCAAGGCCACGUGUAAAGAUCUCAAGUUCAACAUCGAAGGUUAUCAUCGAGAGGUCGUCCUUUCCAUCGUCUAUUGGCUUGUCUUUUUAAGAUACUAUGACAGGGCUAUGCAAUACGUUUCCUUGUACACGAGCAUUUCGUUCGAACUCACUGAGAUCGAAUUGGUCAUUUUGCAAAAUAUCCUCGAAAUCAAAUACCGUGAUCUUGAGUAUGUUGUGAUAGAAGGCUGGGCAAAUCAUCUUCUUGAUGAACAUGGCAUCUUUUUCAAACGUCUCUUAAAUGAAGAGAAUAGGGUCAAAAAGAUUACCGACAUUGCAAAUUUGAUUUCCAUUAUCCCAUUCAAGUACAAAAGGCUCCUUUUCUCUUUCCUUCCUAACAUCGGUGAAGAUAAAUAUCUUUGGGCAUAUUCUAACAGGUUGGAAAUUGGUUCUAGUGAUGCAGAGUCGUCAAAAAUACAGCCAAAUAUCACUGACCUUAAAAAAGCUAUCGAAGAUGCUGACUAUAAGCUUUCUCGCAAUAGUUUUUCCAAAUUAAAGCUGACGCACUGGAGUAAAUUUCAAUAUUUUCGCUUCCCAAGCGGUAUCUUUUUUUUUCUAUACGACUUAGCCGGAUCAUGCAAAGACUUGACUGAUUUUACGAGCAGAUUGAAUUCUCAUUAUCUCAAUUCUAUACGAUUUUAUCUUGAAAUAAAGAAAGAUAAGGACGAUUACAAAAUUGUCUGCUUAUUUCACGUCAUUUUCAUGGUUUUCAACAGGCUCCCUGAUAAGGAAAAACUCGCAACUUUUUUUGCUAAAUUUAAAAAAAACACAUUUCCUUACGAAGUGUUGGACAUUUAUGAACAAUCUGUGGAAUUCAAGUCAUUUAUCCCUUAUAAGAGAUUGAUCAGAAUCACUGCAGUACUCCCAUCUCCUCCUGCCGACUAUGGAAAUCUCCUAAACAUAACCGUGCAAAGGAAUGCCCUUUCGUCUGAUCUUUUCAAGGCAAAUGCAAGCUUUACAUUCUUUAGUGAUGCUGCCUCAAUUGAACAGAAAUUGAAAUCAAUAGUUUCCACUGAUGAGCCUCUUUAUGGGCUUCCCCUGGGUGCCUUAAAAGACCCCAGGCUUCUUGCCCWAAUGCUGCUAUGCGGGUCGGUUGAGGAACUCGGGGCCUUUUUCACAGUUAGUGCUGAAAAGGUCCCAGAGCUGCUUGAUCUUUUGUUGUCCCAUUUCAUCACAUUCUUUUAUUGCAAGUCUUCCUUUUUGCAAAAAAAUACUUUUUGCCAGGCCUGGCUCGAGGAAAAGGAAGCUUCCACUCAGAAGAGGAGGUCUUUGGUUAGUCAACCAUUACCUGUUACUGUGCAGGACAAGGUUUUCAUUCUCAUCGAGUUUUUCACAAAAUAUCCGUUGUAUGAAGAACAGAGGACCAUUAUGUCGACAAUUUUAGACAAGAUGAUGCACGGAGGGUCGUAUGUUGUGCAACAGGGCAUGGCUGGCGGAAAAACCACGCGCUUCGGUCCGGUUGCCGCAAUCGUGGCAACGUCAAUUUUGAGGAAAUUGCCGAUUUUCAUUUUUCCAAAUUCAAUCCUCAAUCAGAAUAUUUUGCAGCUGCAGCAAUGGCUUUUUGACUUUUUCGGCAAAAGCGUUUUCGAAUUCAAAUCAGAACGAUCGCCCUAUGGAUACAGCGAACAGUAUCUGCGCUAUCUCUACUAUCGGCUUACAAUGGCCCAUGAUCGCGGCGAUGUGUUCGUGUCUUCGAUGAACAGCAUUCAAUGCCUGCUGAAUGCUAGGAAGGAACUGCUUUUGCAAAACACGCAGACGUCAAAGAGAUCUCUUGUUUGGAUUUUGAGGAUCUUGCACUUCAUUGAACAUUACUCGAUAUUUGUGCUUGACGAAGCAGACGAAAUCAUGGAUGCUUCCGUUCUGUACAACUUUGACACCAACGAGCCCGAUGAAAAGGACUGGAAAGUCAUUGAUGUGCUCAUUCAGUGUUUCCUAUUUUUGAGACACAAAAAGGUAUUCAAAUCGCAAACCGGAAACCCGAUCACCAUCUUUGAAAUCAAAGAGCCUCUUACGCUGUCUGCUGUCGAGCUUUUCAAAAAGAUAUUGCAUCAAGAACUUGACCCUAUUUUGGAAAAUACCAGCCAGGAAACUCGCGCGUUGAUAGUUGAUCACCUUUUUGUCAAUUGCUGGGAAAGGGUCCGAAAUGUGGGGUAUGGAGCAUCCAUGGAAUCUCCGUUUCCAUAUCCCAUCCCAUAUUCGAUGGCAAACACACCAAGGGAGGGCAGCAGCUUUGGAAACCAGCUGUUCAUCAUUGCCAUUUCGCUCAAGUUUUACCUUGAAAACGAGAUGAAAGAUCUGAGCGAGCCUCCUUUGUUCUUCAACGAAGAUAAUAUGCAUUCGAUUCUGGAGCUCUAUUACGAUUAUGAAACGCUAAAACAAAUCAAGAGGGAAACCAAGUCAUCUGUUUUGAAGCUCUUCAGGCUUUUAAGGGAAAAAAUCUAUGAAAAUGACGACACUCUCAAACUCUUUUUGAGGAAUGUAGUAAUCGAAGGUAUCAAUACAUCGCCUGAUCAGAUCGUAUCAUCUGCCAUUGAAUUUAUUUUGUCUUGCAGUCAGGUCCUUGCAUACAGCGGCACCUUAUACAAUUGGAUGAACUUUGAAGUGAUCCCAAAUGUUGAUAUUGAUGUGAGCCAGUCUUAUGUGAUCGAGAGACGAAUCCACAAUUCGUUUGCUUUUGCUCCUCGACCUUGCUACACAAAAAAUUACCCUGAAAUUCGAAGCUAUGUCUCUCAACGCCAAAAUCUGGGGCUUCUUGACAACAAGAAUGCCCAAGUUGAUGCUUUGGUGGCCUUCAUUUUGGAAACUAGCACGACAGCAUUGUUUGAUGCAGGUGCUCUUUUGAAGGAUCACUCCAACGCCAAGAUAGCAGAUC